GCUUAUCAAUAUUAUCAGGGUUAUCAAUAUGAUCAGGCUUAUCAAUAUGAUCAGGCUUAUCAAUAUUAUCAGGCUAAUCAAUAUCACAGUUAUCAAUAUGAUCAGGGUGUCUUUGAAACGUGUUUGUAAUGUUCAAAAAGUCCUUCUACACUUCACAGUCAGUCAGAAACAGUCAGACAGAAACAGUCAGACAGAAAAAGUCAAACAGAAACAGUCAGACAGAAACAGUCAGUCAGAAACAGUCAGUCAGAAACAGUCAGACAGAAACAGUCAGACAGAAACAGUCAGACAGAAACAGUCAGUCAGAAACAGUCAGACAGAAACAGAAACAGUCAGACAGAAACAGUCAGACAGAAACAGUCAGACAGAAACAGAAACAGUCAGACAGAAACAGUCAGACAGAAACAGUCAGACAGAAACAGUCAGACAGAAACAGUCAGUCAGAAACAGUCAGACAGAAACAGUCAAACAGAAACAGUCAGACAGAAACAGUCAGUCAGAAACAGUCAGACAGAAACAGUCAGACAGAAACAGUCAGACAGAAACAGUCAGACAGAAACAGUCAAACAGAAACAGUCAGACAGAAACAGUCAGACAGAAACAGUCAGACAAAAACAGUCAGACAGAAACAGUCAGACCGAAACAAUCAGACAGAAACAAUCAGUCAGAAACAGUCAGACAAAAACAGUCAGUCAGAAACAGUCAGACAGAAACAGUCAGACAGAAACAGUCAGACAGAAACAGUCAGACAGAAACAGUCAAACAGAAACAGUCAAACAGAAACAGUCAGACAGAAACAGAAACAGUCAGACAGAAACAGUCAGACAGAAACAGUCAGACAGAAACAGAAACAGUCAGACAGAAACAGUCAGACAGAAACAGUCAGACAGAAACAGUCAGACAGAAACGGUCAGUCAGAAACAGUCAGACAGAAACAGAAACAGUCAGAAACAGUCAGACAGAAAGACAGAAACAGUCAGACAGAAACAGUCAGACAGAAACAGUCAGACAGAAACAGUCAAACAGAAACAGUCAGUCAGAAACAGUCAGACAGAAACAGUCAGACAGAAACAGUCAGACAGAAACAGUCAGUCAGAAACAGUCAGACAGAAACAGUCAAACAGAAACAGUCAGACAGAAACAGUCAGACAGAAACUGUUAAACAGGAACAGUCAAACAAACAAUCAGACAGAAACAAUCAGUCAGAAACAGUCAAACAGAAACAGUCAGACAAAAACAGUCAGACAGAAACAGUCAGAACAAAACAAUCAGACAGACAGAAACAGUCAAACAGAAACAGUCAGACAAAAACAGUCAGACAGAAACAGUCAGAACAAAACAAUCAGACAGAAACAAUCAGUCAGAAACAGUCAGACAGAAACAGUCAGACAGAAACAGUCAGACAGAAACAGUCAGUCAGAAACAGUCAGACAGAAACAGUCAAACAGAAACAGUCAGACAGAAACAGUCAGACAGAAACUGUUAAACAGGAACAGUCAAACAAACAAUCAGACAGAAACAAUCAGUCAGAAACAGUCAAACAGAAACAGUCAGACAAAAACAGUCAGACAGAAACAGUCAGAACAAAACAAUCAGACAGAAACAAUCAGACAAAAACAGUCAGACAAAAACAGUCAAACAGAAACAGUCAGACCGAAACAAUCAGACAGAAACAGUCAGUCAGAAACAGUCAAACAGAAACAAUCAGUCAGAAACAGUCAGACAGAAACAGUUAAACAGAAACAGUCAGACAAAAACAGUCAGACAAAAACAGUCAAACAGAAACAGUCAGACCGAAACAAUCAGACAGAAACAGUCAGUCAGAAACAGUCAAACAGAAACAGUCAGUCAGAAACAGACAGAAAAAGUCAGACAGAAACAGUCAGACAGAAACAGUCAGACAGAAACAAUCAGUCAGAAACAGUCAGACAGAAACAGUUAAACAGAAACAGUCAGACAGAAACAGUCAGACAGAAACAGUCAGACAGAAACAGUCAAACAGAAACAGUCAGACAGAAACAGUCGAACAGAAACAGUCAGACAAAAACACUCAGACAGAAACAGUCAGUCAGAAACAGUCAAACAGAAACAGUCAGUCAGAAACAGACAGAAAAAGUCAGACAGAAACAGUCAGACAGAAACAGUCAGACAGAAACAAUCAGUCAGAAACAGUCAGACAGAAACAGUUAAACAGAAACAGUCAGACAGAAACAGUCAGACAGAAACAGUCAGUCAGAAACAGUCAAACAGAAACAGUCAGACAGAAACAGUCGAACAGAAACAGUCAGACAAAAACACUCAGACAGAAACAGUCAAACAGAAACAGUCAGUCAGAAACAGUCAGACCGAAACAGUCAGACAGAAACUGUUAAACAGGAACAGUCAGACAGAAACAGUCAGACACAAACUGUUAAACAGGAACAGUCAGGCAGAAACAGUCAGACAGAAACAGUCAAACAGAAACAGUCAGACAGAAACUGUUAAACAGGAACAGUCAGACAGAAACAGUCAGACAGAAACAGUCAGACACAAACUGUUAAACAGGAACAGUCAGGCAGAAACAGUCAGACAGAAACAGUCAGACAGAAACAGUCAAACAGAAACAGUCAGACAGAAACUGUUAAACAGGAACAGUCAGACAGAAACAGUCAGACACAAACUGUUAAACAGGAACAGUCAGGCAGAAACAGUCAGUCAGAAACAGUCAGACACAAACUGUUAAACAGGAACAGUCAGGCAGAAACAGUCAGACAGAAACAGUCAGACAGAAACUGUUAAACAGGAACAGUCAGGCAGAAACAGUCGGACAGAAACAGUCGUUCAGUUCUGUUAUUAUAAAUGAUAAAUUCAUCGGUGAAGUGUUUUAGGAUCUCAUAUCUGGUUUUGAUGAGUCGGGGUGUUCAGAUGUUGGAUCAGGGAUCAGAUCUGGUCCUUUGAACUGAUGGUAGUCCUCCUCCUGGACCUUGGACCUGGUCCACGGGGGACUUUCUCUGCAGGAUCAGGAUUUAUGUGAGGGGGGACGGGACUGACCACCAGAGGAAAAUAACCAGUCAGUGCAGCCCUGUGUGUGUGUGUGUGUGUGUGUCCACGGGUCACAGUGUAUCAGGCUAUAUUAAGGAGACUGCUUUUAUUUCCUACACACACACACACACACACACACACACUGUGGCUGUGCCAGGCGGCUGGAUGAUUGAAGUCAGUGGAGAGAGUUUCCAUUUGAGACACUCAGUGUGUGUGUGUGUGUGUGUGUGUGUGUGUGUGUGUGUGUGUGUGUGUGUGUGUGUGUGUGUGUGUGUGUGUGUGUGAGAUGUGGGUGUGGGUUUGUGCACACGUAUCACCAACAUCAUGGGGACUCACCUUCUGUUAGGGGACAAACUAGAAGUCCUCAUAUAUCUGACACACAGAAACAUGACGUGUGUGUAUGUGUGUGUUAAAGAGGCUCUCUUUAAACAGUAAUUUAAGAGAAGAGUUUUCCGUUUGUCUCCUGGUUAGAGCUGUCGACACACACACACUCUCUCCCUCUCUCUCUCUCUCUCUCUCCCUCUCUCACACACACUCUCACACACACUCUCCCUCUCUCUCUCUCUCUCUCCCUCUCUCUCUCUCUCUCUCUCUCUCUCUCUCUCUCUCACACACACACACUCACACACACACACUCUCUCUGAUCUCGUGGAGUGUUCCUCUCUGUCGUUGUCAGACUCCAGCAGAGAUCUUCUCCUCUGCGGUGCUGUGAGGUCUCACUCUCUGUGUUUCUCUGCAGAUAAUCAGUUCAGGAUGUCGAUCCUGGAGCGGUUGGAGCAGAUGGAGCGCAGGAUGGCGGAGAUGGCGGCCCGUGACAAUCACCACCACCACCACCACCAACAACAACAACAACAACAGCAGCAGCAUAAUCAACAUGGCAGCCAGCUGGCCACGCCCCCUCCUCCACCCCUACCUGAGGACCAUGAACAGGUGAGGCUGAACCAUGAAACGGCUGUGUAGGUUCGAGUCAGGAAAACCUUCAGGACUGAUAUCAGAGCGAGCUCACGGUCCGUCUAAUAAAAGUGCAGUAAAAACUUUAUACAUUCAUGUUUUUGUUAGUUUUAAAGCAUCACAUCUUCAACAACUUCAGAGUCCAAAAAACCUCUGUGUCUCAGGUCGAAUUAACGACCGCAGAUGGAAGUUCAGGUGACGUCGUGGUCAAAGGUCAAACUCUCAGGAGGUUUGGCGAGGGUUGGACUAAAAGCUGCCGAGUCACAGGCUGUGGGGAGGAAGGUGACUGUUGAUCGGAUAAACGGGUUAAGAAGAAGACCUGAACCAGAACGGGAAAUCCUGUUAAAACAGAUCCGCCUCUGCUGAACCCUGCUGCUCCGCCUUCACCUCUCUGCUGCUGUUCGACGGCGAAGGAAGACACGAACUUUUAUCACCGAGGCUAAAAAAGUUAAAGAGAGCACAAAGAACUUUAGAGGAACACUGAUCAAUAAUGUUUGUCGACCUUAGUACUAUUAUUAGAAAUCAGUUUUAGGUCUUUUGGUCACAUGACAGUGAAGCUAUUGAAGGAAAACAGCCUUUUCUGAGAACAUCAACCGGUAAUUUAUUGACGGUCCCUUAUUCAACACCGACGUUGACAGUGAGGGUGUCGAGUAGAUUUAACCGCGCUGCUGUUGUUAUUCCCGGUUAUGGAGAGAGAGAAGACACCGGUAGAUCCUCAGAGAAUGUCCGUCAGAUAUCCAACCUGAAACUAACUUCACCGCCGUAUUUACAGGAAAAUAUAUCCAACCUGAAACUAACUUCACCGCCGUAUUUACAGGAAAAUAUAUCCAACCUAAAACUAACUUCACCGCCGUAUUUACAGGAAAAUAUAUCCAACCUGAAACUAACUUCACCGCCGUAUUUACAGGAAAAUAUAUCCAACCUGAAACUAACUUCACCGCCGUAUUUACAGGAAAAUAUAUCCAACCUGAAACUAACUUCACCGCCGUAUUUACAGGAAAAUAUAUCCAACCUGAAACUAACUUCACCGCCGUAUUUACAGGAAAAUAUAUCCAACCUAAAACUAACUUCACCGCCGUAUUUACAGGAAAAUAUAUCCAACCUGAAACUAACUUCACCGCCGUAUUUACAGGAAAAUAUAUCCAACCUGAAACUAACUUGUAUUUACAGGAAAAUAUAUCCAACCUGAAACUAACUUCACCGCCGUAUUUACAGGAAAAUAUAUCCAACCUGAAACUAACUUCACCGCCAUAUUUACAGGAAAAUAUAUCCAACCUGAAACUAACUUCACCGCCGUAUUUACAGGAGAAAAAAAACAUUUGUUGAUUUUUUUUUUUUAUUCGCAAAUAUGUUUUAUAAUUCCCACACAUCGAUUUUUAGUCGCAGUGAAACGGUCGCACUGUCGAGCCCUACAGAACCUGGUCUUCUGAGUCCACUAAGGCCUCCAGAACCCGGUCCUUUGGGUCCCGAACCUGGAGCGAGUUUCUGAGUCCAGACUCAGACGGAGGUUUUCCUCUCGGCUGGUUUUGUUCAGACCCUCUUUGGUCUGAGUUCUGGGUCGAGUGUUUGUGCAGCAGCUGUCAGAGAGCAGAUCGAUGACUGACAGCUGUGUGAUAACAGGAAGUGCUCUCUCUCUCUCUCUCUCUGAUGUCAGUCAUUUAUAGCCUCGCUCGUCCUUGUGCGUCACUCAGAGAGGGAGGGUGAUGAGGCAAGCAUGCCAGGGACAGUCGGAGGGAAAAACUGGAGGGGAGGGGGGGGGUGAAUGUAAUGUUUCCAACCAGGUGGGGGGGUGGGGUUGGGGGUGAGACAGUUCACCUGAAAUGACGCGCUCUCAUUGGUUAUUAAUAGUCGAUAAGGCGUUAUUCCUGGAAACAGUUCCUGCCUGUUUCAUAGAGAUGUUAGAAACACUCUGAUUGGUCGAAGAUGUCACAUGACCGCCUGUGUGUUUGUGUUUAAGUCCAUUAGUUUGGAUUAUCCCACUUUAGUCCUGUGAGCUCUGCAGCUCCACUGAACCGGUUCCUGAACCGGCACAGCUGGAGACCUGAGUUCAGUGGGGGAAAUUUUUUUUGGUGGGUUGGUAGGGGAAGUUCUCGCCUCCUUCGCCUCUGAUUGGCUUCCGACCAUCAUGGACGCCAUUUUGAAAAUGACGCCUUUGAUUUUGUUAUUAAGGACGUCUGAUACUAUAAAGAACAGCUGAGGAACUUUUGUUAGAUUAUUUUAGGGUUAGGUGUUUUUAUUCUUAAAUGCAGCCGCCUACAGUCAGUUCACCUCCAACACCUCCCUCAGUUUCAGUCCCUUAGUUUUAGUUCCUCUGUUUCAGUCCCUCAGUUUCAGUCCCUCUGUUUUAGUCCCUCAAUUUUAGUCCCUUAGUUUCAGUCCCUCAGUUUCAGUCCCUCAAUUUUAGUCCCUUAGUUUUAGUCCCUUAGUUUUAGUUCCUCUGUUUUAUUUCCUCAGUUUUACUCCUUCAAUUUUAGUCCCUUAGUUUUAGUUCCUCUGUUUCAGUCCCUCAGUUUCAGUCCCUCAGUUUCAGUCCCUCAAUUUUAGUCCCUUAGUUUCAGUCCCUCAGUUUUAGUCCCUCAGUUUUAGUCCCUCAGUUUAAGUCCCUCAGUUUCAGUCCCUCAGUUUCAUUUCCUCUGUUUUAGUCCCUCAGUUUCAGUCCCUCAAUUUUAGUCCCUUAGUUUCAGUCCCUCUGUUUUAGUCCCUUAGUUUUAGUUCCUCUGUUUUAGUCCCUUAGUUUUAGUUCCUCUGUUUUAGUCCCUUAGUUUUAGUUCCUCUGUUUUAGUCCCUCAGUUUCAGGCCCUCAAUUUUAGUCCCUUAGUUUCAGUCCCUCAGUUUCAGGCCCUCAGUUAUAGUCCCUCUGUUUUAGUUCCUCUGUUUCAGUCCCCCAGUUUCAGUCCUUCUGUUUUAGUUCCUCUGUUUCAGUCCCCCAGUUUCAGUCCCUCAGUUUCAGUCCCUCUGUUUUAGUUCCUCUGUUUCAGUCCCUCUGUUUCAGUCCCUCAGUUUCAGUCCCUCUGUUUUAGUCCCUCAGUUUCAGUCCCUCAGUUUCAGUCCCUCUGUUUCAGUCCCUCUGUUUUAGUCCCUCAGUUUCAGUCCCUCUGUUUUAGUCCCUCAGUUUCAGUCCCUCAGUUUCAGUCCCUCAAUUUUAGUCCCUUAGUUUCAGUCCCUCUGUUUUAGUCCCUUAGUUUUAGUUCCUCUGUUUUAGUCCCUUAGUUUUAGUUCCUCUGUUUUAGUCCCUCAGUUUCAGGCCCUCAAUUUUAGUCCCUUAGUUUCAGUCCCUCAGUUUCAGGCCCUCAGUUAUAGUCCCUCUGUUUUAGUUCCUCUGUUUCAGUCCCCCAGUUUCAGUCCCUCUGUUUUAGUUCCUCUGUUUCAGUCCCCCAGUUUCAGUCCCUCAGUUUCAGUCCCUCUGUUUUAGUCCCUCUGUUUCAGUCCCUCAGUUUCAGUCCCUCAGUUUCAGUCCCUCUGUUUCAGUCCCUCUGUUUCAGUCCCUCAGUUUCAGUCCCUCUGUUUUAGUCCCUCUGUUUCAGUCCCUCAGUUUCAGUCCCUCUGUUUUAGUCCCUCUGUUUCAGUCCCUCAGUUUCAGUCCUAGCAGGGUUUAGUCUUGAGUCUUGGCCCCAGACUAAAGUCCUGCUCUGGUUCCUGAUUGUUCCAAACGUCUUCCUGACGACAAAGAUGGAGGCUGAAAUAAGGGUUUUCAAAGACCGCCAUCAGAGACCAGCGCAGACUUUUAGAGAGUGGGUCAUUGUAAGGGUCUACAGAGGGGAGAAGACUGACAUAGACGGACUCAAAUGUAAAUACAGGACUCUAGAUUUAGACAAUUUUCACUCAAACUGGAACCGUGGUGAUUUGAUAGGUAUGGCGGUGAUUUUCAGCGUCCGUCAAUUCCUACCGGAUCAGUUUGUGCGGCGAAUUUCUUGGCGGAUUACAGACAGCGGUAAUCACGAGAACUCAUGAGAACCCGCAGAUUCACGUUCAAUCACACGAUGACGAGUUUUUACUGACCCUGUCUGUGUCUGUGUGUGUCUGUGUGUCUGUGUGUGUCUGUGUCUGUGUGUGUCUGUGUGUGUGUGUGUGUCUGUGUGUCUGUGUGUGUCUGUGUGUGUGUGUGUGUGUGUGUGUGUGUCUGUGUGUGUGUGUGUGUCUGUGUGUGUCUGUGUGUCUGUGUGUGUGUCUGUGUGUGUGUCUGUGUGUGUCUGUGUGUGUCUGUGUCUGUGUGUGUCUGUGUCUGUGUGUGUGUGUGUCUGUGUGUGUGUGUGUGUGUGUGUGUGUCUGUGUGUCUGUGUGUGUGUGUGUCUGUAUAUGUGUCUGUGUGUCUGUGUGUGUGUGUGUCUGUGUCUGUGUGUGUCUGUGUGUGUCUGUGUUUGUGUGUGUCUGUGUGUGUGUGUGUGUGUGUGUGUGUGUGUGUGUCUGUGUGUGUGUGUCUGUGUGUGUGUGUGUGUGUGUGUGUGUCUGUGUGUGUGUGUGUGUCCCACAGUCGUCUCAGUGGUUCGAGAGGAGGAUUGUGGGAGUUUGUGAGCGCAUGAUGAAGGGAGGAAGAUGGACAGGAGGAGGAGGAGGAGAGCGACUCCCUCACUCAGUCCGUCACCGCGGGAUGACCCUCCUCCACCUGGCUGCUGCUCAGGGAUACACCCACCUGAUCCACACCCUGAUCCACUGGAGGUAAACCUGGACCCACCUGUGUGGACUAGAGAAGAACCUGCAGGUGUGACUCUCACCUGUGUCUCUGUUUCAGGACCGUCAACAGCGACAGUCUGGAUCUGGAACAGGAAGUAGAUCCUCUCAACAUCGACCACUUCUCCUGCACCCCUCUGGUAAAACAAACACACGUCAUGACCGUCUGUGAGCUCUGAUUGGUCUGUUUUCUGUGACAUCAUUGACCCGUCACCGAUGUGUCCCUCAGAUGUGGGCGUGCGCUCUCGGCCACCAGAGGGCGGCGGAGCUCCUGUACGGCUGGAACAGUUCGGCGUUGGGGAUCCCCGACUCCCUGGGACGCCUGCCGCUCGCCGUCGCUCGCUCUCGUGGUCACACCCGCCUCGCCAUGGUGCUGGAGGAGCUGCACACCAACACGCACAUGACGCCCAAUGACGCUCACACCCCUCCGGCGGACACGCCCACAGCGGCGACGCCUCAGCCGCAGCUGCCCCCGUCCCCGCUGUCCACCAGCCCAGACACAGGUAACACAGGUAACACACCUGUACGGUCAUGUGACCUGAUUCAGCUGCUCUGAUUGGCUGUUUCUGCUCUCCCCCUCAGGUCUGAGCUCCUCCAGCAGCCUCCCCUCCCCCAGCGACCCCUCCUCACCCUCACCAAGCUCCGCCUACUCCAGUGGCCCCGCCCCCAUGGACACUUCCCCCUCCUCUCCCUCGUCUCCUUCCUCCUCUUCCUCCUCCCUCCCCGUCUCUCCUCCCUCCCCUUCCUCCCUCCCCUUGUCCUCCCUCCCUCCUUUAUCCAUGUGGGAGGAGGAGGAGGAGCCAAGCUCGGCGCUGAGUUCAGGUAACCCAGGUAACCGUGGCCUUUCAAAAUAAAAGCCUGUGUUCUGUUUUGUCCCCGCUCUUAUUUUCUUAAUCUGUGUUUCAGGUUUGAACCCCUGCAGUUCCCGGGACUCGACCCUUUACCUGAUGGACUACGAGAGUACCUGUCCCCCCUCCCCCGCUCACACACACUCCUGCCCCCACACACACUCCACAGGAGGACGGCGGGCGCACUUGGCGGCGACGCUGGAGGAGCAGCUGCUGAGCUACAGCGAGAACGCCGAGAACGAAGGCGAGGAGGAGGAGUACCUGGAGGAGGAGGUGCUGCAGGUACGUUCGACCAAUCACGUGACAGGAAGGAGACUAAAGCACCGGGUUCAGACCGGGAUUUUAUACCUGAAGGUUUAGGGGUCAGGGUUCCUCAGUUCUAGUCCCUCAGUUUUAGUCCCUCAGUUUCAGUCCCUCUGUUUCAGUCCCUCAGUAUUAGUCCCUCUGCUUUAGUCCCUCUGUUUUAGUCCCUCAGUUUUAGUUCCUCAGUUCUAGUCCCUCAGAUUUAGUCCCUAAAAAUAGUCCCUGAAGUUAGUCCCUCUGUUUUAGUCCCUCUGUUUUAGUCCCUCAGUUUUAGUUCCUCAGUUCUAGUCACUCAGUUCUAGUCCCUAAAGAUAGAACCCUGAAGUUAGUCCCUCUGUUUCAGUCCCUCUGUUUUAGUCCCUCAGUUUCAGUCCCUCAGUUUUAGUCCCUCUGUUUAAGUCCCUCUGUUUUAGUCCCUCUGUUUUAGUCCCUCAGUUUUAGUCCCUCAGUUUUAGUCCCUCUGUUUAAGUCCCUCUGUUUUAGUCCCUCUGUUUUAGUCCCUCAGUUUAAAUCCCUCUGUUUUAGUCCCUCAGUUUCAGUUCCUCAGUUUUAGUCCCUCUGUUUAAAUCCCUCUGUUUUAGUCCCUCCGUUUUAGUCCCUCAGUUUCAGUCCCUCUGUUUAAAUCCCUCUGUUUAAAUCCCUCUGUUUUAGUCCCUCAGUUUCAGGCCCUUAGUUUUAGUCCCUCUGUUUUAAUCCUUCAGUUUCAGGCCCUCAGUUUUAGUGCCUCUGUUUUAGUCUCUCUGUUUCAGGCCCUCAGUUUUAGUCCCUCAGUUUCAGGCCCUCAGUUUCAGUCCCUCAGUUUUAGUCCCUCAGUUUAAAUCCCUCUGUUUAAAUCCCUCUGUUUUAGUCCCUCAGUUUAAAUCCCUCUGUUUUAGUCCCUCAGUUUCAGUUCCUCAGUUUUAGUCCCUCUGUUUAAAUCCCUCUGUUUUAGUCCCUCCGUUUUAUUCCCUCAGUUUCAGUCCCUCUGUUUAAAUCCCUCUGUUUAAAUCCCUCUGUUUAAAUCCCUCUGUUUUAGUCCCUCAGUUUCAGUCCCUCUGUUUAAAUCCCUCUGUUUAAAUCCCUCUGUUUUAGUCCCUCAGUUUCAGGCCCUCAGUUUUAGUCCCUCUGUUUUAAUCCUUCAGUUUCAGGCCCUCAGUUUUAGUGCCUCUGUUUUAGUCUCUCUGUUUCAGGCCCUCAGUUUCAGUCCCUCAGUUUCAGUCCCUCAGUUUUAGUCCCUCAGUUUCAGUCCCUCAGUUUUAGUCCCUCAGUUUCAGUCCCUCCCACUGAAGUCCUGAGCUCUCGUUUCCAUGGUAACCGUCUCUCACAGGUUGACAUGGCAACACUGGCGGAGCAGAUCAUCGAGGCGACCCCUGAGCGAAUCAAACAGGAGGACUUCCCCAGAGGGGCGGAGUCACCCCUCAGAGAGAGGAGGGACAAUCCGGCCAUUCAGGACACCUGGUUGGCCACGUACCUGGACACGGUCGACGCCCACACGCACUCCCCGCCCAGGUAAGCCCCGCCCCUCCCUCAUGAUUAUAACCAAGUUAACGAACAGGCGUGGCUCAGAGUGUGUUUGUGUGGUCUCGCAGACGUGUGUGCCCGCCUUCACCUCUCAGCGCACUGGCUCUCCAGAGGCUCCGCCCACCCUCGUCUGCGGCGUGGGCGGAGUUCCUGAACGCCUCAGCCAAUGGGAAGAUGGAGAGAGACUUCGCUCUGUUGACGCUGACGGACGGCGAACAGAGGGAGCUGUACGAGGCGGCCAGGAUCAUCCAGAACGCUUUCAGACGAUACAAGGUACACACACGCACACACAGACACACACACACACAUGGUGUCACGCUGCCCCCUGGAGGCCGUGUUGUGUUAAUGUUUGUGUCUUUGUUCAGGGUCGAAGGUUAAAGGAGCAGCAGGACAUGGCCGCCGCCGUCAUCCAGAGAUGCUACAGGAAGUACAAACAGGUGUGUGUGUGUGUGUGUGUUAGAGUGUGUGUGUGUGUGUGUGUGUGUGUAUGUGUCCUCCAGCUUCACUAACACUGAACUAACCUGCUGUGUCUCUUCACCGUCUCUCUCUCUCUCUCUCUCUCUCUCUCUCUCUCUGGCUAGCUAACAUGGAUAGCUCUGAAGGUAAAAUAGCUGACAGUAGAUGUAGUGAUGUGGAGUCAUUGUGUGUGUGUGUGUGUGUGUACGUGUGUGUUAGUGUGUGUGUGUGUGUACAGCAGCCCUCAGACCUUCAGCCCGUCGUCUCCUGAUGAUGUCAUGAUGUCCAGGUGUCUCCUUACCUGAAGCUCGUUGUCGUUGGCGUCAGUCUGACCUCAUUAAUCACAUGACCGGAAGUAUGUGGACACUCAGAGGGAAGGCCCCGCCCUCCUUCGCCUCUGAUUGGAUAGAAGUGCUGGGCUCUGAUUGGUUAUUCCUCGUCAUCGUCUGUCGGGUUAGGAGAUUCAGAAGUGCGAUAAUGUUCUGUUCGAUGUUCAGAGCCGACAGCCGCGCUUGGUUUAAGCGUUUUACCUCUUACCUAAAAUUUAAAAGGUAAAAGUGGGAAAAUUUUUGGUAAAAUAACAUUUUAGUAUUUAAUUUAUUUUUAAAUGUUAUUAAAAAAAUGUAAUAAAAUAUUUUUUAAUUUAAAGUUUUUAAUAUUUUGGAAAAAUCAAAAUUAAAAAAUUUAUUUUAAAAUAAAAAAACAAAUAAAAAAAUUUAAAAUGUUAUUUUAAAAAUGUAAUAAAAUAUUUUUAAAUAGUUAAUAUUUUAAUAUUUUGAAAAAUAAAAAUUUAAAAAUGUAUUUUAAAUAAAAAAAUUCAAAUAGUAAAAUUUAAAUGUUAUUUAAAAAAUUUAGUAAAACAUUUUUAAAUAUUUAAUAUUUUAAUAUUUUGAAAAAUAAAAAUUUAAAAAUUUAUUUUAAAUAAAAAUUAAAAAAAUUAAAACGUUAUUUUAAAAAUUAAAUUAAAUGUUUCAUAUUUAUUUCAAUAUUUUUAAAACAAACAUUUAAAAUUUUAUCUUAAAAUAAAAAAAGACUCAAAUAAAAAAAAAAUUGGUAAAAUUUUAGGUAAAUUUCUUUCGUUUAAAGAUUUCAGGUAAAUUUUACCCAAAAUUUUUUUUUUUAGGUAAAAGUGCAGCCGAUGAAAUGCACUCAAAUAAAAACGUUUUUUCCACCUUUGUUUUAUUUAAACGGAGUGGGAGUCAUGUUUUUACUCCGGUCCAGGAUUUUUUCUCCGGUAGUGGGACGGGACAGGAGUGAAAAUCCCGUGUCAUGCUCUAGUCCUCUGACGGACAGGUGUGUCUCACAGGUGUGUCCACAUACUUCAGGUCAGGUAGUUCUUCGUCUCAGUCCUCCCUCUGAUUGGUCAGUGAGCCUCACAGCUCCUCCUCCUCCUCCUCCUCUGGUCUCUGUUGGUCCUCUGACUCCUGUCCCUGUCCCUGUCCCUGUCCCCCCUCUCAGUACGCGCUCUACAAGAAGAUGACCCAGGCGGCCAUCUUGAUCCAGUCCAAGUUCAGGUCCUACUACGAGCAGAAGCGGUUCCAGCAGAGUCGGCGGGCGGCGGUUCUGAUCCAGCAGUACUACCGCAGCUACAAGGAGUACGAGAGGCUGAAACAGGCGCCGAGGGGGGCGGCCAGCCACAACCCCAAGAUCAAGUAAGACCCACUGGACCCACCACAAGAACCACACUCAGUCCAGUCCAGCUACAGACCUGGUUCAGGUUCUGCUGAUCGAUAAAUGUCCCCUGUCUCCUUCAGGGGGUCUUUCUUGACGAAGAAACAGGACCAGGCGGCCAGAAAGAUCAUGAGGUUCCUGAGGCGCUGCAGACACAGGUCAGACACGCACACACACACACACACACACACACACACACACACACACACACACAGACCCGGGUCCGAGGUCCGAGGUCUCAUGUUUCUGCUGUUUCUUCUUCAGGAUCAAAGAACUGAAACAGACGAGGGAGCUGGAGAGGAGAGGACUGACCACCUAAACAUCUACUGAAGACCACCGCCGCCACCACCACGCUCACUCACUCACUGUGUGGAGGGAGACGGAGAGGAGGAGGAGAGGAGGAGAGAGAGGAGAGAGGAGAGAGGAGAGAGAGGAGAGAGGAGAGAGGAGAGAGAGAGAGGAGAGGAGAGAGAGGAGGGGAGAGGAGAUGACACGAAAACAACAGAAAGAUGACGGACUCCUCCUUUAACCUGCUUCUCUGGAUCACCUCUGUGUGUGUGUGUGUGUGUGUGUGUGUGUGUGUGUGUGUGUGUGUGUGUGUGUGUGUGUCUGUGUGUGUGUCUGUGUGUGUGUCUGUGUGUCUGUGUGUGUGUGUGUGUGUGUGUGUGUGUGUGUGUGUGUGUGUCUGUGUGUGUGUCUGUGUGUGUGUGUGUGUGUGUGUGUGUGUGUGUGUGUGUGUCUGUGUGUGUGUGUGUGUGUGUGUGUGCUCUCCUGAGAGGCGGAGCUGAGGGCGACACAAUCCCGGCUCCGCCCUGUUGAAGGAAGCGGUGCGUUCACGGUCAGCGGGACGUUGUUUUAAAGAGGCGGAGUUUAACAAAGUACUUAAAUCUAUUUAAACACACAUCUAUAGAUCAAACAUCUAUAUAUAAAUAUCUAUAUUCUAAUGUCGACUUUCUAGAGAUGAUGUUUUUAUUUAUUACAGCAUGAACUGUUCACGUGAGAGUGUGUGUGUGAGCGCGUGUGUGUGAGCGUGCACGUGUGUGUGUGUGUGUGUGUGUGUGUGCUGCACAGACUGUAAGGUCGAGUCUUAAGGAACUCCUCUGACCUCUGACCUCUGACAGACCGCUGAGACGGCGGUUUGGAGCUCAGACUGAAUCCAUGAAGAGGAGGUCUGGACCCGGGUCCGGAGGGGGCGGGGUCAGGCGUCUGAAGCUCCUGUGAGGGUUCUGACCUGCUCAGGCGGACCGCGUUCACGCCUGCCCCGCCCACAGGAGGGCGCCAAAACCACCGCAGGAGCUUCAGAUCAGACCAAGCGCCGCCAGGUCACGCCGUCUCCUCGGUGACGUCACACGCUGACGUCUCACGCCCGCUCUGAUGAUGUCACAGGUCACGGCGGGGUUCCAUCAAACUGUUUUCGUCCUCAAGUUAAUCGGUCAGACGGCGGCGACUCUUCAGGACGACAAAGACUGAAGACGCAGCGGCGGAGGUUCCUGCGUCACGUCCAGGAGGAGGAGUCCGCCUCUUUUCAUCGUUGUUAAUUUUUUUUACCGUGUGCACAGACUCAGUGACGCCGUGAUGUCGUCAUGGCGACCACGGCGUCCAGCAGGACCCAGCAUGAGCUUUUCUUCUAACGACGUUUGAUCGUCUUUGACUUCUGAUCAGUUUGAGCUGAAUUUAACAUUCUCCUCCUUCUUCUCCUCCUUCUUCUUCUUCUUCUUCUCCUCCUCCUUCUUCUUCUCCUUCUUCUCCUCCUUCUUCUUCUUCUUCUUCUUCUUCUUCUCCUCCUCCUUCUUCUCCUCCUCCUUCUCCUCCUUCUUCUCCUCCUUCUUCUCCUUCUUCUUCUCCUUCUUCUCCUUCUUCUCCUCUCCUCCUUCUUCUCCUUCUUCUUCUUCUCCUCCUUCUCCUUCUUCUCCUCCUUUUCCUUCUCCUCCUUCUUCUUCUUCUUUUCCUUCUCCUUCUCCUCCUUCUUCUUCUUCUUUUCCUUCUCCUCCUCCUCCUCCUUCUUCUCCUCCUCCUCCUCCUCCUCCUCCUUCUCCUCCUUCUCUCUCGGCCGUUGCAGUGACUCUUUGCAUGAGUUUGUGUUUCCUUGUUGGACGUCUCAGAUCUUUGAAGAACGUCCUCCUAAAGUCCGAUGAAUAAAUCAGCUGUUUGUUGUUUCUCCG